UGACGUCAGCUGUCCGCAGAUGAAUGCGCAGACUGUCCGCACGAGUCUACCGCUGACGUCCGCGGCGUCUCGGUCGUACACGUGCGCAGGUGGUCAAUUAACAAUGGUCCGGACAUGAGAGAGGAGUCCGGGAUUUAGACGCUAAUUCCGGCUCGGAUUCGGCUGCGGGGCGGACACCGGACCGUGCGCUGGACGGCCGUGCCGGGCUCCCUCGCGCAGGUCAUGGAGGUAGGCGAGACAACGGCGUGCGGCAACGAGGACAAGGGGACGAUGGACGGCGAGCGGCGGCACUCGCGCGCGGCGCUCUGCGAGAGCGACGAGGUCGAGAACUCGGACGAGAGCAGCGAGAGCAGGCCGUCCGGGGAGAGGUGGGCCCCGGUCGGCGCCAACGAUGGCGACAGCGAGUUCGCGGACGAGUACGUCAACGCCAACGUCGACAACCUCGCCUACGACAUGGAGAGGGUCAAGCUGCUGGAGGAGGAACAGGAGAUGCUCAACUCGUCUCUGAUAGCGUUAACCACCCACUUUGCUCAGGUCCAGUUUCGUCUCCGGCAAAUCGUGGACGCGCCAGCCAGCGAGAAGGAGACGCUGCUCAAAGAGUUGGAGGAAUUUGCAUUUAGGGGAAUACCGGACGUGCCGAAUAGCUUACUACUAGAGAGCAGAUCCGUCACGCCGCUCUCCCCUAUGUCCUGUGAUGUGACUGGUGUAAUUACUGACGCGGAGGUCGAAUCCAAAAUGGCAUUGCAACGAACGAAACAGAGGGAGUUGAUAAGCCAGUUGAAAUCUCAGUUGGAGGAUCUGGAGAAGUACGCGUACGAGACGGGCGACGCCGAUCUGCCGCAGAGCGUUAUUCUGGAGAGGCAAAAUAUCAUAAUCAGUCACCUGAAGGAGAAGUUGAACUUCGACGUCGACGAUCUGUGCAAAUUACCGGCGGACGAUCUUAGGUGGCAGGUCGAUUACGCCAUAAGUCAAAUCGUCAGCCCGUUGAAGAUGAAGGAGCAACUGGUCUUCCAGCUCAAGACGCAGAUCGCCGACCUGGAGCGUUUCAUAAACUACCUCCAGGGCGAAGUCAGCACGGAGACUCUGGCAUGCACGUGUGCGUGUCCGGUACACGCCAGCGGUUCCGGAGCCUCGUCGGGUUCGUACGGCUCCAAGCGGCGCUUUGACCGUGGAAGACCCAUCGAGGAAGAAGCAAGUGCCAGCAAUCAAACCAGGACCCUCAACACCGUGCGUAAGGUGGUCGCGCUUUUGCAUAUGUUCCUGAUGUCGCAGAUGGGUUGUGGCAGCGAACGGGUGCGACGGAACUUUGGUAGUAACAGCAAGAACCCAGUGCACAAUUGGCGCGAUCUGCGUACUAGACUCGACAUCGCCGUGGAGCAUGUCCUGGAGACGAUCGCGGAGACGUCGCGUCAACAGCAACAGCAGCAGCGUCAUCCCGACGACGAGGAGGACACCGACGAUGUCGACGACAACGAGAACGACUACACGUCCGACUCGGACUCGGCGUCGCACGCGAACGCGAAGCUCACGUCCGCCGUGAGGAAGCACCUCGCCACUUCGGUCAGGGAUCUCAUGCAGCACGGCCUGACCGCGGAUGUGCUGCGCUCCGGCUCCAGCGUGGUGCCGUUCGUCGGCUGCUUCCCGCAACGCGAUGUCACGUCGGCCAACUUUAUGCACGCCUGGGAGUUGAUACUGAAAUACUACGAGAUCAAAAACGGACACCGUUACAAUUCCAGUCCCGCGCAGAAACUGUCGCAGAGCUUCAACCUGGACCUCGCGGCCGGAAGACUAGCUUCCUCGAAACAGAGCUUACUGACAACUAUAGGUAAUAUCAUUGCUUCUCACAGUCCGUACAAGCGAAGUUACGACUCACAUUUUAAGGCAUUCAUAUGUGCUGCUUUGAACGCGAAUAAGUUAGUGAUAUGGCUGAAGUUAAUCCUGCAAUGCCAAUAUCUUCUAGAAAAUUAUUACCUCUCGUGGAGCUACGUUGUAAAGACAGGUUUCCAAGAUGCGUUUCACACCUUGGAUCGCCUUACCAGUUACAAGUUCGAUCUGCCGGUGGACUUGGCCGUGCGACAGUUUCAGAAUAUAAAGGACGCGUUUUGAUUGUACAAUUUUGUCAUUAUCGUUUCGUGCAAAUGACAAUGUAGGAUGUAGAAUACAUGUAUAUGUACUCACAGUACUUUCUGUAAUGCAAGCCAUAAUACUGUGAACGAUAACGGUACGCGAGUCGAGAGUCACUGGAAAUUGAAUACUUAAUUAGCUCUCUUGGGUUCACAAACGAGCGAGAAGAGAUGCGAAACACAAUUUAAAUGAUACACACGCUCGAACGUUGAGUUCUUUCAGAGUUAUCAUUCAUCUUUAAUGAAACGGCGUUUUUACUUAACGUAAAUUGAAUUUUUUCCAACUAUCUGAAUCAUAUCUUGCGCACUUUCUUCGUACUUUUAAUCCAAGAGAAAUAUUUGAGCGCUCCGUUUUCAACAACUCAUUAUAUACGUUUAAAAUAUCGAUAUCGCAAAAGCAUUUCUUUUCUUAGAAUCCCUAAGUGUUCACUGUAUCAAAUGCAUAUAGAGAGUUGUAUUGCAAUAACUAAUAGGUAAUUAUUAUUUAUUUUCUAAGGUAUCAUCAGUAUUUGUAUAGAUCAGUUGUAAAUGUACAAAUGUACUUUUGCUUUUGCUUGUUGAACAAUAGGUAAUACAUACAUAUGUAUAGUUUGCAAGUUUUAAAAAGAUCCUACUCGAAAUCCACGUUGUAUCUAUCGAGAUAUUUUUUAUCGCGGUGUAGUGUAAACGCAACGCGUUGCCUGACGCGUUGAAGAAGCAAGAACUGAAUCGAAGCUAGUCACUUCGAAAAAAAAAAGAGUCGUUCCAUAUUUUGCACGUGUUUGCGCAAAGUAUCACUAAUAUAUCUACGAUGCAUUUAUGAAAGGAGGAGGCGUACCAAAGAGCUGCGUAAUAUAUCAUAAUAUCGCAACUAGAGACUUGCACUGAGCACUGUUUAUAUCGUAAGGCGUUUUAUGUAUAUGUAAACACGUAAAUUAGCGAUAAGGGAUAAUGUAACAUGUAUAUACGAAAUGUGCAAACCAAACCUGCUUUUUAUAAAAAAAAAGAAUUAUUUUAGAUUAGUUCUAGAUAGAAAGAUGAAUAGAGGAGAGCACAUAUGGUUGCAGAAAAUAUACUUAUCAUGCAAGUAA